AUGACGACGAGAUCUGAUUCCGAUGAGUGUCUUGGGCAGGAGGCACAAGUCUCAGAGAAACCUUCGAUUUCUCGGGAUAAUUUUGCAGAAGACUCGCUAAAAAUCGUUUCUUUGCCGCCAGUAGAGAACGACUCUGUUGGAGAGAUAAGCCCAAAGAAGCAAGUGAAGUCUUCGCCUUUCGCUUCUGUUUCUGAGAAAGAUGGAGAAACUAUGCAUUCGGAUUCUGUUGAAGUUUCUUUCUCCGAAACGAGUUCGGUGUUUUCCAAAGAACCCGAGGCGAUGGAUUCGGAUUGUCCUGGAGUCUCUUCUAUAUCUGAAACUGGUUCCGCGUUUCUUGAAGACGAAAGGGUUGGUGAGGAGCUGAAACAGAUAAAGGAAACGUUUGCUGCGAACAUCUCUGAGAUUUCUACAGAAGGCGAUCAAUUUGGAGAUGAUGUGCACAAGAUGGAGGAAGUCGCUGAGACUGAUGGGUCCGUUGUUUGUAUCUCUAAAACUCAAGGCUUUGUUCCUAAUGUGAAAGAAAGCUUGAACUCCGAGAAGAAGGUACACGAUUCCGAUGUUCAGAGACUUUUGGAGGCAGAGAAGAGAAGAUUGUUGGCUGAAAUCGAAACUGGGACCAUUUUCAUGAAGAAGGACGAUAUGGAUACGCUCGCUAGGGCUUCUGAGAUCGAAAAGAAUGGGAAUGGAUCUAAAGAGCAGCCUGAGAAAGUGGAAAGAGUGAUAGUGAAGGACAAUGCUUUCGUUGGGAGAUCUGUGAACAUCGAUGUGGUUGAUGAUACUGCGUUGCUCAACGUUGUUCCUUGCUACAAGAAAGGUAAAGAUCAUCCCAAGAGACCAGGAACUGCACACAAUGACAAGGAUGCACCAAGAAAGCAUAAGAAAGUUGGAGAGAAAGCAAUUGGUGGGAAGCAAUAUAAGGGAAACGCUUCGAACGUUGUUGAAGGGAAUGCAUCAACCAAACUUUCUGAAACGAGUGGGAAGCAGUUGCGGAUAAUGUACUCUAUAAAGCAAAUGAAGUCGAUGAGGUAUGCCCACAUUGCGAACCAGAAGAAGCUGUGGAGUGAGAUGUAUGCUAGGCUUCUACCUGAGCUGGUUACUGAGUACGAAGGUCUAGUUAGCUUGAAGAAUCAGAAGACUUCAAAGUCUAGUGGCAUCGGUAUUCUCGGCACCAAAGAAGGAAUAGAUGAGUUAACUCUUGAAGAAGAAGAGGAGGAGUACACUGAAGAUAAUGACGAUUACAAUAGCAUUUUAAGACCUGCGUUUGCGGUGGAUGGAGAACCUGAUUUCGAAUCUGGACCACCAGAAGAUGGGUUUGAAUACUUAAGACGAGUCAGGUGGGAGGCUAAGCGAGUUCCAAAUGUAACAGUAGCCGAGAUAGAUGGAAGCAAGUACAUAAAGAAAGAACAGAGUGUUUACAUGCCACAAAUACCUGAAAUCCCCAAAUGCCCAGAGCACCUGUUGCCGGUCAAAGAAUGGGAAGACUCUUUGCUUUCUGACUUCUUACACCUUCGCCUGGCUUUGUCACAAGAUGCCGCCGACAAGUGCUACCCGGAUGAGGAGAUGAUGCCAAGUCAGUCUAUAGAAGAUGUGCUCGUGGAGAUAUUCAACAAGCGUCUCGAGGCAGUGACAGAUGAGUCAUUUGGUGGUGGGGUGGUUGCAGAGAUACAAGGAAUGGACUCGGUGACGCGGGUGUCGAGGCUGAAGAAGCGUAUAUCUUUGGUUGAGAAGGAGAGCGGUUUAGAGAGCAGUGACUGCAAAUGGGUAGUGGCGUUAUGUGCAUCAGUGGACACUCCUUUGGAUGCUGAUUCUUGCGCUUCUCUCAGGGCUCUUCUGAGGAAGUGUGCGAGCCUUCGUGCGUUAGAGGUUGAAGAUGAACAAGUUCUCAUCAUGGCUAAUAUGCUCAUCACCAUCGCAGGCAGGUUUUUUGGCCAAAUGGAGGAAUAA